AGAGAACUCCGUUCGUAUAAAUAUCCGGAAUCGCCUCAGCCACCAAGCAGUUCUCUCGAGAAACCUGAUUCUACACCCUGAAAACAAAAUGUCCGGAAGAGGAAAGACCGGCGGAAAGGCCCGAGCCAAGGCCAAGACCCGCUCGUCCCGCGCCGGCCUCCAGUUCCCCGUGGGCCGCGUCCACAGGCAUCUGAGGAAGGGAAACUACGCCCAGCGCGUCGGCGCCGGGGCCCCGGUGUACCUGGCGGCGGUGCUCGAGUACCUGACCGCUGAGAUCCUCGAGCUGGCCGGAAACGCAGCUCGCGACAACAAGAAGACCCGCAUCAUCCCGCGUCACCUGCAGCUGGCGGUGCGCAACGACGAGGAGCUCAACAAGCUGCUGGGCGGCGUGACCAUCGCGCAGGGCGGCGUGCUGCCCAACAUCCAGGCGGUGCUGCUGCCCAAGAAGACCGAGAAGCCCGCCAAGAAGUAGACCCCCCCCUCCCCCUCCCCAACAACAACAACAACAACAACGGCUCUUUUAAGAGCCACACACUUCUCCCUGAGAGCAAUGUCUAUUAUUCUGUUAACUUCAAAUCAGUUUAAUUAUCGAAAUUGAACUGAAGGACAUUUUUUUGUGAACAUGUAGGAAUUAAAUUUUUUGAAUAGACCAAAAUCGAAGUAUAUUGGUAUAUCUGCCUUGUGGCUCUACAGUGCACACAUGAAACCUUAGUGAGAAGAUCCUGCUCACAACAGAUGUGUUUUCCAAAUGAUAAUAAAAAGGAUAUUUUGAAAAGUU